CUGAUGAGCUUAAAAUUUACUCACGAGAUGGCAGUCUCACUCCAUAACGCAGAAAUAGUGUUAAUGGAAUGUGGUUGCCUAGCAACCAGAGACUGAUCUAAAAUAGCUGAUUUAAGCAUUAGACUUCGAAUACAAUUACAAAAAAGCUUUCAACGCUGGAAGAGCGUGUGUCGUAAGCAUUCUUGCGCACUCUUCAGCGCUGUGUGGACUGGUGGCGAAAUAUUGGAACUUGAUUUUCUGAAGAUAUUGUACCAAAAUGAGUAAACUUUAUCUGAAUCUUCGCCACUUUGCACGGGCCACCACACUGUUCUCAAAUACGUCCUCAAGGGCUGUUGGUGAGCUUCACCGGAAUCUGCACGCAACUGGAGUAAAACAAGAUAUUUUUAACAUUCAAGACAAGGAAGAUUUCAAGCAGCGUGUUCUUAACAGUGACAAACCUGUAUUGAUCGACUUUCAUGCCAAGUGGUGUGGCCCAUGCAAGCAGCUGACGCCACGGCUGGAGACUGCCCUGCAGCAGUUCAAGGAUGACGUUCACCUGGCAAAGGUUGACAUUGAUGAGAAUGAUGACCUGGCUAUGGAGUACAUGGUGAGUGCCGUGCCGGUGGUAUUCGCCGUCAAGGGCGGCAACGUUGCCGACAAGUUCAUCGGCCUGCAGGAACUGGACAGAAUCACCUCCUUCAUCCGCAGUCUGCUCGACAAGUAGGCGCCGUCUGUACACUCAGGUGACGUCACAAACGGCCAGUGACGUCAUCUGUGCGGUCUGUGUACUGUGUGGUCAAUGGUGAUGAUGUGUGUGUGUGUGUGAAGUAUGUGAAGUAUGAUGGCACAGUAGGGAAAGAAUGGGUUCAAUUAAAAGAGAGCUUGGUAGGUUUUUGGGAGAAUGAGGGCAUUUAACAAUACGUACAGUGUAUAUUUUUGUCUAGCUCAGAGGCCUUCUUGCUACAUACCUACAUUUGAGGCUUUUCACUUCAUAUUACCGAGCAGCGUCACAUCCCUUGUGCAAUGACCUAUAGCCGAGCAGUUGCGUCUUUUGGGUAUACUGGGGCGGCCUACCGAGGGUUGUAUCGGGUCUCAGGAGGGGCGGUGUGGUCCUCUGCACUGCCCUGAUGGUAAGGGACGUUUGGGAAGGAUUGGGAGUUACGGCCUCCGCGCAGGAGAGGUGAACGAAACAAACAGGGUUAGGAACGGAGAAUGUUGAGCCGUUCUGGCUUUGAGUCUUUCGGAAUGACUCGCCUAGGUUCAUGAGAAGGUCAGAGAAAAGCGAUUUGUUCGUCGGGAAGUGACUCCGGACUCGCAUGAUUGAUUUUGAGUUGAACCGAUCCCGGAAGUCUCGAAUCUAGCUAAGGUGACUCGUCUGACUCCUGAUUCAAACUCCUGACUCAGUCAGGAGUCAGAAGAGAAGAGUCUAACUCUCUAACGCCCUUUGGACUAGUGCGCGCGUUAGUGCUGGUGCCUGGGAAGGGGUCAUUACACAGCUAUGGCCAGUGUUGAGGUGCUCGAGGUCCCGUUCGUGAUUUCCCCCAGCGGCGUCUCACCCAUCGCACCCCUUGGGAGGAGUCCACGUUCGGAGACUGCAGCGACCCCUGAUGUUCUGACUGCACAGCGGCGGGCGGCUGGGUCACCCAUGCACUAUCACAUAGACUUUACCCCGUGGAGAACUGAUAAGGAAUCGCCAAUGCAGAGUGUCUAUAGGAGCGUAUGUGGGAUGAGCGGAUGUCACGUUGCCAGUGAUCGUCUUAAGGAGCGUGUAUAUCAAACGCCGGUGUUUGCGUGGUUCGCUGUAUCGACUGGUCCGCGAGUUUCGCCAGGACGGGGUUGGACGAGUCGGUGUGUGAAGUGGCCUGCUCGCCCUUUUGGGUCAAUACAGCCACUGGAAUUGA